CGUGGCCACCUCGCCCGGGCUCGGGGCAUCGCGCUAGGGAAGGGCAGGGCGCCCGAGUGAGCCGGGCUGCAGCCCUCGGGGAGCCUGCGUGGGCUGAGGCGGCUGGCCAGGCCGAGCCUGGGGGGAUGGGCGGCUCCGCCGCGGAUCCUUCUGCCCCAGGCGUUGACACGGCUCCUCGGCUGCCUGGACGCGACGGCCCCUCCUUCGCAGCCUGCACCCCCCGUCCCGCUCCCUAGGUCCCCUUGCUACUCGGCCGCGAACCCUCCGGUCUCUGCCGCUUGAACUCCUAGCCCUGCUGCUGAGACCCCCUCUUCUGUUGCCUGGAGCCCCCUCCCAUGGUGGAAUCCUCGGUCCCUGCCGCUUGAAAUCCCAGCUCUGCUGGCACAUCGGCCGUCAGACCUUCAAGUACUUUGUGCCAAAUCAUUACCACUUGCCACAUGAGUCUAAACCAUGGCGGAUGCCAAGUAUGUCCUCUGCAGAUGGGAAAAGCGAUUAUGGCCUGCAAAGGUUUUGGCCAGAACUGAGACUUCAACAAAAAAUAAGAGAAAAAAAGAAUUCUUUCUAGAUGUUCAAAUACUCUCCCUAGAGGAAAAAAUUAAGGUGAGAAGUACAGAAGUUGAGGUCCUAAAGAAGUCUCAGAUUGAAGCUAUUGCUGCCUCAUUAGUCCUUUCGGCCUCACAGAAUGAGGUUCCUGCUGCACCCCUGGAGGAAUUGACCUACAGACGGUCACUUCGGGUGGCCCUGGAUGUUCUGAAUGAGAGAACCAGCGUGAGUCAAGAAGGCUCUUCAAGGACAGAAGGAACUGCUCUGUCUCAGAGGGAGAAGCAGCCCGUAGAGCCUAACUCUUUGCUCUGUGAUUCUAACUGUACUGGACCUCAGGGGAGGAGGGAAUGUACACCACAGAGCCCAUCAGGUUUGUCCACUUAUGAAAAGGACCCCAACUACAAAGUGAACCACAAGAAAGAGCUCAGAAAAAGUGCACGUCCAAGAGGCCUGUCAGUAUCUUCAACUUUCGAUGGUUCACAGGAUGGCAGCGGGUCAAGAGUGCAUGGGGAAAAUUAUACUAUUGCAAGUAAGAGGGGAAGAAAUUCAGCACAGAAGUCCAGCUUGUGCCAAAAUGUACCUUCACUUUCAGAAGCAGAUUAUGAAAAAGAGAGUGAGAAAAAGGCAAGCAGCUGUACAACCCUGUUCUUGCCAACCUGCGUCAGUGGGGAGGAUCCAUGUGCCAGGGCCAGGGAAUGGAAUCCAGGUUUGCCAUCAGGCAGUGUCACUAUACCCGCAGCCCCAGUGCACUUGGCCUACUCAGAGGCUGGAGAAUGCCCUGUGAAGAGGCCAUGCACCAAGCAGCUGGAGACAGGGGCUGCGGAGCCUGAGCUGUCCCCCAGACAUGGGCCAAGGGAAUGCAUGACUUUGCGCAGCACCACCAGGCUCGGCCCGCCUCCCCUACAAGCUUCCACAGAUGAAAGGAGAAGUCUUCAUCUUCCAGAUUCCAAGAAGCUUGAGGAAGACCUUCAGUCUUCUGAGGAGUCUAUGGAGUUUAAUUCCAUUAAUUCCAUCCUGGACGAAGACGAGGAUGAUGAGGAGCCACCGAGAAUCCUUUUAUAUCACGAACCACGUUCGUUUGAAGUAGGAAUGCUAGUCUGGCUUAAAUACCAGAAAUACCCCUUCUGGCCAGCAGUGGUCAAAAGUGUCAGGCGGAGGGAUAAGAAAGCAAGUGUGCUUUUUAUUGAAGGAGACAUGAAUCCUAAGGGGAGGGGGAUCACAGUAUCUCUGAGAAGAUUAAAGCACUUUGAUUGUAAAGAGAAACAGACACUUCUGAACAAAGCCAGGGAGGACUUUGACCAGGCCAUCGGCUGGUGUGUGUCCCUCAUCACUGACUACAGGGUCCGGUUAGGUUGUGGGUCUUUUUCUGGCUCUUUCCUGGAGUAUUAUGCUGCUGACAUAAGCUACCCUGUCCGGAAGUCCAUCCAGCAGGAUGCUCUGGGGACCCGGUUUCCACAGCUGAGCAAGGGGAGCUCCGAAGAGCCAGAGGCAGUGAGUGCUUUGGGGCGGAGGCUGCCCUGCAGGAAGGUACUCCCUGACCGCUCGAGGGCUGCCCGCGACCGAGCUAACCAGAAGCUGGUGGAGUACAUCGUGAAGGCCAGGGGCACAGAGAGCCACCUGCGGGCCAUCCUGAAGAGCCGGCGGCCAUCACGCUGGCUUGAGACCUUCCUGAGCUCAAGCCAGGCCAUGACCUGUGUGGAGACCUACCUAGAGGACGAAGAACAACUGGACCUGGUGGUGAAGUACUUGCAGGGCUUCUGCCAAGAGCUGGGUGGCCCAGUGCUGACACGUGCCCACAGCGACAGAAUCCGCUUUGUCCUGGAUGUACUGCUCCCUGAGGCCAUCAUCUGUGCAAUCUCUGCAGUGGAUGCAGUGGACUACAAGACAGCCGAGGAGAAGUACAUAAAGGGACCUUCCCUGAGCUACCGGGAAAAAGAAAUGUUUGAUAACCAGCUCCUAGAAGAAAGGAACCGGCGUCAUCGGUGAGGAAGAGGCUGAUCUGCAAUGGAGGCUGCUCCAGCUUCAGCAAGAGCCCCAGGGUGGUCUGUUCAGCACGUGGAUGUUCUCUGGAAAGCGGGAGCCCUGGGGCUUGGGUUUGUGUUGAAUCUUUCUGAGUUGUCCUGAUUUCUACACUUCUGAAGUCAGUUUCAUUUAUGUACUCAAAGUUAUUUUUUUUUUCCUGGCAUUUUUGCAAGGUACAGUUCCUGAAAGGUUUUUACAGAAACAAAAGUACAAUGAUUGUAUGUCCUUACUUGUGGCUUAACACAAAGUGCAAAUUUUUUUUUAUGCGUUGCAUCUGUACUAAAUGAGAGUUUUUAAAAAGUGUCUGAUAUGAAUACAUAG